AUGGAGAGGAUAACUUCCGAAGUAGUUUCUUGUUCUGAAACAAAUCCCAAUCCUCAGACAGAAGUUGUAUUUCCUAAUGUAUCAGAAGCCAAUGAACAACAUUGCUCACAUUCAAUUUGUAUCAGUCUCCCUGCAUCUCCUUCCAAAUUUAUAGCCGAACGAGCUAAAAAAGUGUUAUUCACUGACGAUAUCGAUGAAAAUACUCGAUUUGAUGCAAAAAAGCCGAAGCUUGCAGCAAUUCAUUCUCAGUCUAUGUUAUACACAAAUGAUGAGACGAAAGGCUCAGAAACUACUGAAACUAACACUAUCUCACCUGAUGUAUUAUUUAAUACUCUCAAGAAAUCAGAGAACCAACCAUUUCUUCUACGUAUCCCGAUAUCAUGUUUCGGUAUAUGUCUCGGAGUUGGUAGUCAAGUAAAUUUGUGGAAAACUUUGGCAACUUCUCCAUCCACAAGGUUUUUGCAUGUGAGCCUGAAUGUCAAUUUCGCUCUUUGGUAUAUGUCACUUGCAUUGGUCGCUACCGUAUCAGUCUUGUACAUUCUCAAGAUCGUCUUCUACUUCAAAGCUGUUCAGCGAGAAUAUUAUCAUCCAAUCAAAGUUAACUUCUUCUUUGCUCCAUGGAUAGCUUUACUUUUGAUAGCAAUCGGCGCACCGCCCUCAAUUGAAGUAAAAUUGCCUUCUCUACUCUGGUAUGUGCUCAUGGCUCCACUCUUGUGUCUUGAACUCAAAAUCUAUGGGCAAUGGAUGGCAGGAGGCCAACGCCGGCUUUCAAAAGUCGCGAACCCAUCCAAUCAUAUAGCGAUCAUAGGAAACUUCGUCGGCGCAUUGCUUGGAGCAUCAAUGGGGCUCAAAGAAGGGCCUCUCUUCUUCUUUGCCGUCGGCUUGGCUCACUAUACUGUUCUAUUUGUGACACUCUAUCAGAGACUUCCAACCACUCAAACACUGCCUAAAGAGCUCCAUCCAAUGUUCUUCCUAUUUGUAGGUGCACCUAGUGUUGCUUGUGUUGCAUGGGAGAAUAUCAUUGAGGAUUUCUACAUUGGUGCUAAGAUCAUAUACUUCAUCACUAUGUUUCUCUACUUCUCUUUGGCUGUUCGGAUAAACUUUUUCCGGGGAUUUAGAUUCUCAUUGGCAUGGUGGGCAUAUACAUUUCCAAUGACUAGUGCUUCUAUUUCGACAAUUAGAUAUGCAACCAAAGUCAAGAACCCAUUUACUCAAUCAAUGUCCAUUGCACUGUCUUCAAUUUCGACAGUUAUAGUAGUAACUCUAAUUCUGCUGACAAUAUUCCAUGGACUUGUUCUUCGAGAUCUUUUCCCGAAUGAUAUGUCCAUAACUGUUGCAGAACAGUUAUCCAACACAAGCGGGAAACAAACCGGAGAUAUUGAAGAAUGUCUCUCAGGAGAUGGUGAUGAUGUUUGA